AGAAAUCAUAUAUUGACCAAUUGGUACUCUCGUUACAUAAAAUAUUGGCGCAUGGUUGGAAAGUGAAAGUUGACAAAAACAAGAAAGCAAGGAAACACUAACAAUAGAAUCAUGUUGUACUUAGAAGAUUAUUUAGAGAUGAUAGAGAACUUGCCAAUGGAGAUGAGAGAGAGGCUAACAGAGAUGAGAGAAAUGGAUUUACAAGUUCAAAAUGCCUUAGACAAUCUAGAUGAAAGAGUAAAGAAUUUUUUUAAGAAGUGCACUCAACCAAACAUGAAGGUUGAAUCAAAAGAUGAGCAGUUUAAGCUGAUAAAACAGGAUUAUUACAAAACUCUUGAAGAUGCUGAUGAGAAAGUACAACUAGCUAAUCACAUAUAUGAUCUAGUUGACAGACAUUUACGAAAACUUGACCAGGAGUUGUCUAAAUUCAAGAUGGAACUCGAGGCUGAUAAUGCCGGUAUUACAGAGGUGUUAGAGAAACGAUCUCUUGAGUUGGAUAAGCCUCCAUCACUGGGCAGCAACAGAGCAGAAAAGCGGAAGCUCCUUCAUUCACAGUCACAGGUUACAAACCACUCGGAAAAACGAAUGACCACAGAAAAAGUCCUGUCCACCAUAGCCAAUGAAGCAGCAAGAGAGACGAUUGGUCACAGUCGCCGGCAGUCCAGUUCUGGGUCCAAUUCCCCGGCUUUGUCCAUGUUUAACUCCACCUCCACGCCACAGUCCAUCAGCUACAGUCUGGGUCACAUGGGAGCAGGAAGUAAUGCAGCCAUUGCAGCAGCAGCAUCCCAAGCAAUAGCAGCAACACAACAAGUGAUGGGCCAGCAGGGAAGGCGAACUCCAAGCAUGAAGGCCAGUUAUGUAGCCAUGGCCAAAGACUUGUCAAAGGAAAUCCCAAAUAUUGCCAAGGAGUACACAUACAGUUCACAGCCCUCCACCCCCAACCCAGUGUCAGAAAUCACACAGAAGGUUCCACGCUCCAAAAAAGCGACCUCCAAAGCGAACACUUUGAUCAGAGAAGCACAGAACCAGUUGUCCGGUUCCUCCAUUCCGUCCCUCACACUUACACAACCCAACACACCUCAGCCUCCCCUGUCAGUCCAGGUGGCCUCUCCCAUGGUGGAGGACACAUCCAAUGACCUUCAGAUAGUGGAUGAGAACGGACAGCCAGUGGACUGGCAGAAUGACCCCAAUGAACCACGGUACUGUCUGUGUAACCAGGUGUCAUAUGGAGACAUGGUGGGGUGCGACAAUGAUGAUUGUCCAAUUGAAUGGUUUCACUAUGGUUGUGUUGGUCUCACUCAAGCCCCAAAAGGGAAAUGGUUCUGUCCGCAAUGUACUGCUGCCAUCAAGCGCCGCGGUCGGAGGAAUUGAUUUGUGUGCAAUACAUCAUGGAGACUGUCUGAUCAUCUUGUAUAUAUACAUGACUGUAUGCGACUUGUUUUAUAUGUGAUAUUUUUUCACAUUAGUGCUUAUGAUAUGGCAUUGUACUGGUUUAUAUGUUUGUUACCAUAUGUGCAUUCCACUAGUACUGAAAACAAACACAAUUAAUUGUUAAUUUUUUUUUUUAUUUUUUUUUUUUGUAACUAGGUCAUUUUAAAUAAAAUCAGAUCUGUGUAAAGGAAAUGAAUACAUAAGUUUAUCUUUUUAAAAAUUGCUUUUGUUCCACAUGGCCAAAUUAGCUAGGAAUUCAGUAUUCAAAUUUUCUGUGAAUAGCUUGCCAAAUUCUAUUUUUUAUUUUGUUUUUCCACCUUUAAUAUAAUAUACAUUUAAUAUAAUAUACAUUUAAUAAUAAGUUAAUAAAUGUAUUAGUUGUAACAUAGCGUUGACCAUUGAUUUCUCUCCAGACUAAAAAGUUCUCAACAUAAUCAUCAAAUGAUUCAUUGUAUGAAUCCACUUUUCCUCUUUUAAUUUUUUUACAUGCAAAAUAAAAUUGUUCAAAAAGCAUAAUGCUUCUUACCCAGGGUUGAGAAAAUAUAUGUACAGCAAAUGUGGGAAAUCAAAUCACUGUAUCAUCUUACACACGUGAUUAUCAUACACAUUACCAAUAAUCAGAUUUUCUGUGGCCAAUUUCUACACGUGUUGUAAUUUCUCUUAAUUUGUAAGGUAUUAACAGUUUGGAAAUUUUCAUUUGUGCCUUUUGUACGUAAGAUUUUUGCUGACUUUUUUUGUGAGUUUGUUUUUGGAUUUGCCAAUCUAAUUAAAAUAAAAUCUUUGAUGAUCCACUCCAAGUACAAUACUACCCAAACAUUUUUAUGUAGUGAUCUACUUCGAGUGGAUCAAAGAUCCAAUUUUAAUUAGAUUGUGGAUUUGUGUACAUAUGAUAAGAUUUAAAAAGCUGAAAAAAGAUUUUUUUUUUGACAAUUUCUUAUAUUCAGUGCUUUUUGUGCAUUAAAUGUUGCUUAAUUUUGUACCUUUGUUAAAAUAAAAGACUGAAAGCCUAACAA